AUGGCACGCACGUCCUGGUUCGUCGGGUCUGAGAAGCGGAGAGUCAAGAAGUUACGGAAGCGAAUAGCGAGAAGCUCGAAGGCUACCAUCGUUAAUUCCGCUGAAGAAGCUGAUGACGAUGUUUACGCAGGUAUUGGCGCGACCUUCAUUGACCCGGACAAAGAGCGAGAUGUCCUGCCAGCACUUCCGAGUAAGAUUACAUUCCCGGACUACGCAACCUUUAAUGGCCCAGGAUCCAAGGCUACCGCGCCACUGCCACCUUUGCAGACGUUGUUCGCCAGAGUGAACAAGUCUUCAGAUGUCACGGGGCAGCAUAUCGACGCGCUCAAUGUAGACAUCUGUUUACCAUGUCCACUCAUUGAGCUUUUCCCGCAGCCAGAUGGCAAGUCUUACCUGCCACCAGUCGGACCUCUUCAAGACUCUGGAGAGGCUUACUAUGCCGAUCUGCAACCGGGCCAUCCCCUGGCUAUAAAAGCGAAGAAGCGCAAAGACUUUGCAGAACGCCUUGCCGAGCUGGAGGUCGACAAUGACACGGGCUACCGCACCAUCACUCGUUCCACCAAAGACGGUAUCAAACGGCCCAGGCUUGCGCACAUGCGGAAGUUCUGGGCCGGGCUGGAGACUAUGAGCCACUAUUGGGAUUGCACUCUUGACCAGUACUAUGAACUACCCCAACUGAAUGAGCUCGAGUACAAAGCAAAGCGGCAGCGCCUUGACAGUCCUGUAGACGUGGCGACCCAUACCAAUCGAGACCCAUCGCUCGAGGCGGCUUCGCAGAUCAAUAGACUAAUUCCUGACGUUGCUGCUGGCGUAGAAGGCAAUAUGGGCUGUGAAGCUGCACCUGGCGCAAAGCACGGCUCAGAUGAUCGAGUAACGCCCAGCCACAGCGGCUCGCCAACCGCUAAAGCCUAUUUUGCAUCGAGGAAGCGAUACAAAGGUCGCCGCACAAAGACUGGCAAGGAAAUGCCAGACCAAUUCCGUACCAAUACCGUCAAAGCUUUCGUAGAGGGCUCGAUUUGGCCAUUCCAUUACUCACUCUCCGUUCCUCGUGUGGCGCCAAUAGUCCAGUUUGGGAAGCUGAAUGUGCCAGUUAAACAAACAGCGGCGAUCUACCGUCUUCCAACCGAGAAGGCCAAGGCUCGGUCUGGGAGGUUGGAAGGGCCGGUCGUUGCGGUGCAAGCUAGAGCUGGUAUUGAGCUUCCCGAGAGCCCUCACAUGACCGACGAAGCCAGAGGCAGGCUUGACGUGAUGCGUGAGAUUGGCGGACUGCUCCAGAUCGCGCAGGAGCGACGCCAUGAAGGGAAGACGGAAGUCAAGCCGGGCGAGGGCAAGUGGUACACCACGACACCUAGAUGGGGCGGCGGUCCGGGUGCCGAGACGGAAGCCGGAGAUCGCAACGAAGAAGUCGUGCAGGUAGCGGAAGAGGUACUGAGUAGCAUCAGGGCACCUAAGGACAAACAUAAUAGCAGGCCUCGAAGAAAGACAAACGAAAUGCUUUGGCAGGAGCUCAGGUGUGGUAGCGGUCUUUGGGAUCCUAAGACCGACUACAUCGCCAUUGGCAAGGAUGUCGGUACGCCAUAUGACGAGAUCUUCAUGGUGUCGUCACUGUACCAUCACAUAUCUAUCGUCAAGCUCACUACACACGAUGCGUACACCGACUACCUUAUCACUGGGCAAACGCCUGACCCAUUGCCGACGGAUAGCUCGUGGUGCAGACCGAAGCUGCAGCGCUCGGAGUGGUUUGAUCUCUUCGAUAUCAAGCAGCGGGUAGAGGCUUUCCGGGGGCUUUGGGCAGUCAUGGCGUACUUGACGCGGGAGACGGCGUCGGCGACGGCCCAGCAGCAUCCAGGAGCGGAUACUGACAUGGCAGGGACAUCGUAA